CCGGCAGCACGUGCCACCAGCCCCCGGUAAUCCCCGCUCAUCCCAGCCUGGGCCCGAGCCGCUUCUCCAGCCUGGCGCUGCCCAAACCAGGCCGCGCUGGCGGCUGCAGACCUCAUUGCAACCCUCUUUCUUGUUGGUGUAAUUCGGUGCUUUUGGAUUCAAGCGGGGUUGUUCGUGCUUGGUAGGUAAAGCGGCGAUAGAUUGCAAGCAGCAUGCUGACUCUGGGACUGUAAAUAAUACACCUAUUAAAGGAGAAUUUGUCAAAUUGGGAUUCUUGAGAUUAUCUGUGCAUGGCGUGGAAACCAUGCACCUGCUUCGGCCCCUGUCUUCAGAAGAUGUGCAUCUGAGCAGGAGAUGGGGAUGGGAAAGACUCAGGACUCUUUGUUCUUGAGGCAGUGGGUUGCUGCAGAAACUGAAGUGGGCACAGACCUCCCGCUCUGCCCUAGGAUUGGUCUCUCUGGAGAGGGCACAGAUGCUGUAGUCAUCCUGGAAAAGACUCCUUUCCAGGAGGAGAAGAUCCCAGACCUGCUGAAGAAGCCCAUGAAUGCAGAGCUGCAGAUGCACAAUGACAUUUACUGCACCUUCUACCUGAGCCCUCCCCCGGAGCUGAGUGAGAUCAAAGCCACAGUGGUGUAUCCUGCCACGGAGAAACACAUCCAGAAAUAUCUCCGUCAGGAAGUGCACCUCAUCCGUGAAACCUGGGAGGAUUACAAGAACAUAACCCUGCCCUUCAUCCAGUCCCAGAGCUUCAGCAUCCAGUGGGUGUAUAAUAUCCUGGAGAAGAAAGCUGAGGCUGAUAGAAUUGUCCAUGAAAACCCAGAUCCUUCCAAUGGCUUUGUUCUGGUUCCAGAUUUAAAGUGGAAUCAAAACCAGCUGGAUGAUCUGUACCUGAUCGCCCUUGUGCACCGCCGGGAGAUCAAAUCUCUGAGGGAUCUCACAGCUGAGCACCUCCCGCUGCUGAGGAACGUCCUGCAGGAAGGGAAGGAGGCCAUAGUGAAGCGCUUUGGCGUGUCUGGCUCCCAGCUGCGGAUCUACCUGCACUACCAGCCCUCCUACCAGCACCUGCACGUGCAUUUCACCGCCCUGGGCUACGACGCACCGGGCAGCUCCGUGGAGAGAGCCCAUCUCCUGGCUGAUGUCAUUGACAACCUGGCCAUGGACUCCAUGUACUACCAGAAACGGGCUCUGACCUUCCCCCUGCGGGCUGAUGAGCCCCUGUUUAAGAAAUUCCAGGAGGCAGGAAAAGUGUGAGGAGGCAGAGGCUUUUGUAUAAUUUUUUUUUUUUAAAUAAAUACCCAUUUUGGGGCUUUUUUUUUCUAAGGUUGUGUUCCUCUUAUGUUUUUAAGCUCUGUUUUUGUACAAGGUGGGGCUGAUGAUCCUUUGCUAUGGAAACCGUGUUGUCUGUUCAAGUCCAUUAAAAUAUUGAUUGAA